CGCGCGGGCGGCAGAGCCGUGCGCGCGGCAGAGAGGAGCGGGCGCGCGCUCCCGGUCCCCUCGCAGCCACUUGUCCCCGUCCCCACCCCAGACAUGGCCAGCGGAGGGCUGCAGCUCCUGGGCUUCGUGCUGGCCUUCCUGGGCUGGAUCGGCAUCAUCAUCAGCACCGCCAUGCCCCAGUGGAAGAUGGCAUCCUACGCGGGGGACAACAUCGUCACGGCCCAGGCGCUCUACGAGGGGCUGUGGAUGUCGUGCGCCAUGCAGAGCACGGGGCAGAUCCAGUGCAAGGUGUACGACUCGCUGCUCAAGUUGGAGGGCAGUCUGCAAGCCACAAGGGCUUUGAUGGUGGCUGCAAUACUCUUGGGGCUCGUGGGUUUGUUUGUUGCUGUGACUGGCAUGAAGUGCAUGAAGUGUAUGGAAGAUGACCAAGUCAAGAAGAUGCGGAUGGCUGUCUUUGGUGGGGUGAUCUUCAUCAUUUCAGGUCUGGCAGCAUUGGUGGCCACAUCGUGGUAUGGCAACAGAGUGGCUCGGGCCUUUUAUGACCCUUUCACCCCUGUCAACACCAGAUUUGAGUUUGGGUCAGCUCUCUUCAUCGGCUGGGCAGCUUCAUCUCUGGCCAUACUGGGGGGAUCCUUCCUCUGCUGUUCCUGUCCACGGAGAGAAACUUCAUAUCCACCCACCCGAGGCUACCCAAAAAAUGCCUCCUCCACAGGGAAGGAUUAUGUAUAAUAAAACAAAGAAGAGGAGCCACCAGCACUGGUAGUGAAAGCGUUUUGGAGAGGACACUAUAAUGCCACUGUCCUGAGCAGAGUCCAGGCUCUAGGUUCUGCCUUCCUCUUCUCCCAAAAAUGUGUAUAUUUUUGUAAUCCUCUUUGCUACUGGACAUAACUUCUCCUUUCUCUCCCAGCCCGUGGAGGUAGGCUAGCCUAGGUUCAUAGGUAUUGCCACUGGAAAGAUGAAACCUCCAAGCUUGGGUUAAGUUUAGCAUUUGGGAGUAAAAGGGAAAAUGAUACUGUUUUUAUAGAUGGAUGUUGGUGCUUUUUUUAGGUUUGUUUUUGGUUUUUUGUUUGUUUUUGUUUUUUUUUUUUCUAAAUAGAUGGUAACAAUUCAGUCCCAUAUCCCAUUAAGUUAGAGCCCAGUGUGGUGUGUGUAGAAAUUAAAGGAACAUAUAUUCUAUACAAAAUGAUGAAACCGAUAGCUUAAGGGGAAACAUAAUUCUGGGGGAAGGACUUUAAAUGCAGGAAUGUUUGAAGAGAUGUAAAAUACUCUUGUACUGUCUUAUUGGCAUCAUCUUCAGCACAACACCCUGCUUUCUGGGCAGACAAAGGGUCAGACGCUAUUAAAUUGCAGUGACUUUACAGAAAUCCAUGCUGUCCGUGCACAUGCUGUUGGCCAAAGGAAGAUGAAGUGUAAGGUAGCAACUACAGAAGUUAUCAGACUCCCAAAGCAGCUGCAGGUUUGCCUGGUGCCAGGGAAGAGCUCAAAAAAAAUGAUUGCCUUCUGUUUUCACUGUGUCUCUGGUGGGGCUGUUCCUUAGACACCAAGUGCUGCCAGUGAUUUUCUUCUUGUUCCCACCCUGGUAGCUGAGCUUGAAUCUUUAUCCACUUCUGUGUGUUACAGGUCAGCUUUUAACACUUCUCUCUUUCCUUGGAUCAUUUGGGCUUAGUUUACUGAUCUCUGUUUGCCUUAUGCAGCUAGUUGUGUUAAACCAAACUGAAUGCACUGCCACUCCCUGAUGUUUCCCCAAGGAUACCUCACACGCUGCCAUUCCAUCCUGUAUUUCUCCUAAACACUUUCAGUGAUGAUAUGAAGGCAAAUUCUAAGAAAACUGAUCCAAAGCUUAUGACAUUUUCUUGUAAUCCAAGCUCACCAAAGAGAAAGAAACAAACAUUUUAAAGAUAAAGCUAUCCUUGCAUAUUGAGUCAUAUCCAAAAAAAAAAAAAAGAAAUCAUGCAGUUUAUUAAACGUUCCCACUUCUUCCCCUGAAACACCCAGUCAGUCACUUGGUGUUUACUUAUCCUGGGAGUUAAAUGUUGUAAUUCCUAGAAGGAUGGUACCACCUCUCCAAAGCUCAACCUUUUUGUAUAGAAGGAAAAUGGUUGCUUCUGACCAGGCUUUAUAAUUGUGUAUGUGUUCAGAGGCAUCAGAUCUCUUGAUUUCCUUCUGUAGACAGGGAGAGCCUCUGACUGAGCUAUGUACCACCGUGGUGUUGGUGGUUUGUAGAAACCUUGUACCUCUGUCUUACCUGACUUUUGCAGCAUAAAGUUACUAAAAGAAACCAACCAGAGCAUUGGCUUCAACUUGAGCUGACGUUGGCCUGUACUUGGAGCUGGGUCACAUGUCUUCCAGUUCUCCAUGGGGAAUUGCCUGUGCACAGCAGCUGCCUCGUGAGACCUCUUGUCCUAGGAGGUGGCAGCUCAGGUCACAUUAAAGAGCUGAUGAAGUCUAUGCUUUUGUAUUUGCAUUAGCCCUGAGCCAGGGAGCAGAAGCUUGUAUUGGGAACUUGUAUAAAGUGUUUAAACAAUUUCAAUAAAUGGACUUUUUUUAAGGAAAA